AGAGAGGCCAAAUCCUGCCCUGAGCCAGAUCCCCUGGCACCUUAAAUUCAUCACUUGUGGUAGGAAUAGGGUGGCAAAGGGAGGGCAGAUUCAGCCCAUAGAGACUGUGCAGAGGCUGGGAUGGAUUUCUGCUUCUUUAAACACGUGUUUUAAGUUAGUGUUUGGGUUUUAUUUACAUCUCUUCAAUAGUUAUUAAGCUGAAGGAAUUACUAGUGCUGGGCUCUAUGACCAUUCCCAUCUUCUUUCCAGAGGCAGGAAUUCCACAGAACUUCAGCUGUCCUUUGAGAAUCAUAAAUAGAGCUGGGUUAAAAAGGCACUGAGGAUGUGUCUCUGGGCUUGUCAGUGUUCACCACUUGAUGUUGAAGCUCGUGUUUGCUUUCUCCACGGGGUGAUAUUCCGUGUGCAGCGUUCCCACAGCCUUCUCCGAGUCCCUGCCUCCCAGCCAGUGCUCGUACAGCUCAGCCACAGCCUGGUUCUCCUCUGGAAUCUCAGCCUUUGGAGACUCAUACAACCUCUCCACGUGCUGCAGCUCGUCCUUGGAUCCCCCCUCCAGCUUGAUCUGCCCUCCUCCGUUCAAACAACCUGCGGCAACAACGGAGAAAACCCAGUGGAGAAGAAAAUUGAGCUUCAGCAGGAAAAAUCCAACAAAAAACUACAGUUACUCUGCACCUGCAAACACUUAUAGAACUGAAAACACCCUCAGAAUGGAGGUUUACUCCCAUUUAUCUCCCUGCAGCAGGGCCACAGGGCAGGGAGAUCCUGGCUGUGCCUGCGGCCAGCUGGGAAUGUGCCAGGAGCUCCAGCCCUUAUCUCCCGCCUCCAGAAGAGGGUCAGAGCACACUCCAGGUGAAUCCAGGCUUGGAGCCACAACUGAGGGCAAAGGAAACAUGGGGUGCUGGGAGCUGAGCUCUGCAGUGAGAGGUUGCCCAGAGCAGUGUCAGGCGCUGGAGCUGUGCAGACCCUCGGGAGGGAGCAGUGGCUCCCAAGUGCCAGAAGUGGCCCCUCAGCAUCAGCCCAGGCUGGGAUCAAGCUGCCCCUGCUUCCUGCUGGCUGAUUCCAAGAGAGCCAGGAGGGAGGAAAAGGAAACUAAGUGGAAAAUGGAAUAAAAUAUUUAGGAAGAGACUUUCCCCACCAGUGUUUUCUGAAAGUGUAAUGGCCAGUUUUGUGCAAUUUUAGGGGAAAAAUCCCCUCAGGUAACGAAGAGCUCAGAAAAUCAGGAAACCCUCCUUAAAAGCACUAAGUGUGCAAAUUUUGUGUGAUGGAAUUUAACAGCAGUUACUUAAAUCCUGAGGCAUUACUGGCUUAGAGGCAGGAAAAUCCACAACCAGCCCUGAGAUUGUGACGCUGGGACUGUCACACCUCCAGAGGUCACGGCUGUGCCACAACACUCAGGGUGUGAAAUCACCUAUUGUCUUGUAUUUAGGCUCAAUUUCAUAGAGCAUCUCCCAGCUCUGGAUUUGCAGCAGCCCCACCUGAGGGACAGGCCAUGACCUCCACGUAGUGAUAUGGAGACUUCCCCCGUUUCAGCUUCUGCACCAGGUUCUGGAUGUUCCGAAAUCCAUAAGCCAGGGCAAACUGGAGCAGGACCUCUCCAUCCCUCUGCAGAGUCACCUCCUGGAAGUCCUUGUUUCUGAGGAACGAGAGCAGAGGAAAUGUCUUACCCAAAUGAGCUUCUAUUUUAAACUUCAAAGGGCCCUGAGCUAAACCCAAGUUCUCUGUGAAUCUUAUUUGAGAGCUGUCCUAGUUCUUUGCCAUCGAAACAAAAUAUGAAGGAACUGCUUCCAGAUCCUUCUCCAGGCUCGUUUGAGGAGCUGCCACCUGAGCAGAGUUUGCUGAAGGACACCUGUGCUGAAUAAAUCCUUAAAAGCUCAGCAAAUGGAGCCUUUCACUGUGACAGACCUGAAGCCACUGAGGGAAUUUUUAACUUGCAAUGGGCCAUAAAACCAGGGAGCAAACCAAGACUGAAGGAUUCCAGACUCCAAAGGCACCGCCUGACUCCUCAUCCUGCUGCUCCAGCCCCGGCUCCUCUGCCUUGCACACCCUGCUCUGCCUCCGGGGCCCCCAAACUCAUCCACCUCUCCUGCAUUCCCUACACUUCCCGCAGGGUUCAGAGAACUCCUCGGUUCUACAGCGAUCCCUCCCUGAAAGGCAAAUCGUGGAGGAUUCCCUUGGAAACCCAAGAACUUCAGGGAGAGCGAGCAGGACUGUGUUUGCCAAGUCUGUUUUGCUGAAGUGUUGAUGGGCUGAGAGCUUGAGGAGAUCACAGGAUCACUCAAAACCAGGAGAUCCCUCUGACUGCUGCUCCACAGGCCUGGGAGAUCCUGGGGAACAUCACCAGGUGGGAUUUGGAUGAAGGAACAGGGCAAAGUCAUUCCUCAGCUCCUAUAUAAAGACGCCUUCAAACUAAAGCUUCAUCCCAUUCCAUGCCCUGACUGGCCAGCAGAGCAACUUCCACGUGUUUCUCUUCAGGACAACUGGAAGAAGCAGAAAUUUUCCAGAGGUUUCAACCAUUUCAAGCUCCACCAAAGCAAAAUUUCCUGAUUGCAAAGAUUCCCUCAGUAACUGGAGGAAGGUGGUCCUGGAGGAGCUCUGUCCUGGGAGCACAGGAAUGACAGGCAUUAACAAACAGCACCCAGUGACUUGUGCUACGAAACAUUUGUGUUCUCAGGAGCUGAGAGGUGUGUCCAGGGCUCCAAAUCCAUCCUGCAGUGGGAGAUGUAGGUCUGAGGAGCCGGGGACACGCCCCAGUUUGCUCAGUGAAAAGGAGCCCGCUAUGACCAUGCCCUGCACUCCGGGAGAUCCCAGGUGAUUCCUCACACUUGUGGGUGUUCUGAAGACCUUUCCAGAAAUGCCUCCUUUACUCUCAGGGCUGGGAUUUCUCCUUCUGCUUGGGUGGCAGGGAACUGCUGGAGCUUCUGCUGGGACAUACCUGUGCUCCAGCUCCACUGUCAACGAGUCUGCCCUGUGUGCCUCAGUGGAAAGUGCCAGCCAGGAGAAGUUUCUGGAAGCAGCCCGUGGCCAAAGCUCCCCGUGCAGCCUCUCGUUUGCUCAAUACGCCUGUGCCCAGAGAACUUGGCUCCAGGACCUCCAGGAUGAUUUCCUCAUAUCCUUAUAUUCUUGCCUUGCCUCCAAACCUGCCACUGCUGUGGAUCCAGAAUACUCUGUUCUGUUCUUUUCCAAAUAUGGUGCUGAGAAGCUUUUGGCCUCCCUGACCACGUUCAGCCAACGGUUUUCCCACGUGCCUCUGUCUCUGGAGUGGAGCCUGAUCUUCAUCAAUGGGCUGUGGGAGAAGAUGCUGCAAGUGCCAGACAUUGAGAGCCCUCCUGUUCUGUCUCAGUGGGUCCAUGGGGGACUUCAGCCCUUCCUGGAGGAGCCCAAGGUCUUUGGUUGCCUCCAUGGCAAAAAUGUGUCCUGUGAGACCUUUCAGCUGCUAGUGGCUGCCCUGGAUGGACUAUACCCUGAGCUUCCAGAGGAAGAGCAGAGGAAUCUCUACAGUGGGAUCAAAUAUUAUCUCACCCAGAAUGAAUCCAACCAGAAAUGCUACAGUGAAGCCAUUCCAGGUCUGAAUUCCACUGCUUGGUUUAAAAACUACCUUGGAUCCUUUAUGGAGGAUGCCACAGCUGAGGAUCUGCAGCUUUUUGCUGAUGAACCGACUCUUCAAAAAUUUGCCAGGGAUCCAGUCAAUAUGGAGAUGAUCAGCAACCUCACCUUGCUCCAGGAGACAGCUCAGUACUACACCUUCCUGCUGACCUCUGCUCCUGCUUUUCCAUUGUCAAGCCUCCCCGACAGGUUUCUUUGCUCCCUGAGCCCCUCAGCAGUGACCAACCUGAGCAGGGACGACGCGCUGAGCUUGGCCCAGAGGAUCGGGAAGAGCUGCCCCUGGAUCCCGGUACGCAGAGGAAUUCCUGGAGAGAGAGCUCCCUCCUCCCUACCGGCACAGGAGCUGCAGGUCACGUCCUCCCUGCUGAGGAAGGUUGAGGAUUUCUCUCCCGAAAUCCUGCGUGCCCUGGGCCAGGCUGCAGUUGGACUGUCUGUGUCCAGCAUCCAGAACAGCACCAGUGAGCAGGACCUUGAAGCAGCUCUUCCUGCCCUGGGGAAAGUUCGUGGCUGGAGUGCUGAGCAGUCCAGUGCUAUUGUGGACAAACUGCUCCGCUCUGGCUAUCAGCUCUGGGAUGGGCAGAGCCUGGCACAGCUGGGCAGUUUGGUGGGAGGCCUCAACAGCAGCACGGUCUGGAGUCUGUCCCCAGAGGUGCUCCUGGAGGCCAUCAAGGUGCCUGAGUUUGCCCAGCAAAUGGAGCCUCUUCCCCCUGCUCUGAAAAGGACCUUUGUGGAAAAGAUUUCCUCCAGUGUUGCCCACCCUGCUGACCUGGUGAAAUACAUCCCUGAUGCUCUGGCCAGUUACAUCCCCAAAUCCUUGCUUGUUUUUGAGGAAGAGAAGCCCAGUGUGCAGGAUCUCAACAGUAAGCCGUGGACCCCAGAGCAGGCUGCCAUGUUUUUCAGUGAUGUGGUAAAGGCAGAGCCUGACUUCAGCAGGCUCUCCCAGUCUGUGCUCCAAGGUUUCACCUGUGCAGCUGCCAAAGAUGUGGAAGCAGGAAGAUUUCAGGAGCUAGCCAAAGUCAUGAGGAGCAAGAAUGUCAGGCUGGGAGAAGACCAGUUGAGUUGCUUACUGAGGAUGGUGACACUGCAUGGGAUUCCUGAGGAUUUGGACAGUUAUCCUAAAGACCUGUUGCUGUUUUUAAGUCCUUCAGACUAUGCAGCCACUGGAAGCUGCAGCCAAUACUUCAAUAAUGUCGGGGAAGCAAAUCUUGAUGUUCUGCCAAGAGAGUCCCCUCAGAGGAAACAGCUUCUCCUGGAGGCUCUGGCAUGUCUGAAAAUCCCUGGCACACAAAUAAAUGAGGAAGAUGCCGAGAUCCUGGGCCACCUGGUCUGUGACCUGGGGGGGGAAUACAUCAGGAAUUCGGGGGAGAUUUUACUGAAGGACCUAAGCCAGUGUGAAUCUUUCCUGCCUGACCAAGAAGAGGCCAUUAGGGAUGUCAUCAGCAGUGGGAACACCACAUUCGGGCCUCCUGCAGCCUGGUCAGCCUUCACCCUGAGGGACCUCUCGGGGCUCAUCCCUGUUUUUGAUCACAACAUCUUGCAGGAGAUCCCCAAGAAUUCUCUGACCCUCUGGCUGAAGAACUUUGCCCGGGAUUCCCCCCUGUCCAGGGAGGAGCUGGCCAACGUCGUGGGGGAGCUCCUGCCCACCCGGCACAGGAGGGCCGAUGCAGGUUGUGACAUGGAGAUAACGGAGGAGAUGCUGAACACUGACCUGAUGCCCACCUACUACAUCCCUGCGGAGAAGCUCCGGACCUGCCUCAGGAACAUGUCCCUGGAGAACCAGGUCUUCCUGGAGAACCAUCUCUCCCAGGUCCUCAGCUACCCCUUCAGUGUGGAGCAACUGCAAGCGCUGAAGGACUACUUGGAUGAGAGGUAUCCUGAUGGUUAUCCCGAAAGCCUCCUCUCCGAGCUGGGUCCCCUCACCUCUCUCAUCACCCCUGAGGAGAUUUCCACAUGGAAGAUGAGCUCAGCUGAUGCCCUGGCUGCCUUCCUGAAAACUCAGCCCCCAGAUCUCCAGGCCUCAGCAGUGAUCAAAAGCUAUGUUGAGCUGGGCAAUGCCCUGAAUGCCACUGCCCUGGAUGCCAUCGGGACCAGAUACGUGUGCCUGCUGAACACCACGAAGUUGCAGGCCAUAGAGCCCAGCACCCUCAAACUGGUGUCUCUGAAUCCUUCAGCCUGUUCACAACAGACCAAAGACCUCUUGUAUGAGAAAGCCAAAGAAGCUUUCUAUCCCCAGCACGUCUUUCCUGCUUACUAUGAGCUGAUUUUACCUUAUCUGGGGGGGGCUCCUGGUGAAGAUCUCAAGGCUCUGAGCCAGGCCAAUGUGAACAUGAACAUGAGCACUUUUGUGAGUUUAAGAAGAGAUGCUUUGAUGAGCCUGACGCUCCGUGAGGUUCAGGGCUUGCUGGGGAUCAACCUCCCAGACCUGGCCAAGUGGCAGUACAGGUCUCCUGUCCGGGAGUGGAUCCAGGUACAGCAACAAUCCCAGCUGGACCAGCUGCACAUCGGGCUCACGGGGGGAACACAGGAAGGCUACAUCAACCUCGUCACUCCCAAAUUCCCAGCACCAUCCUCAGCCCCUCUGGGUGCCAUGGCCAUGGCACUGCACCUCCUGCCUGCCCUGCUCCUCACUUUCCUCAUGAUGUCCAUCCUGUCCUGACCAUCUUCUCUCCAGAGGAAGCAAGACCAGGGGUUGGUUCCAUCCUGUGACCUGCUCUGAGGCCUGUGGGCACCUCCAGCCUGGGGCUGAGGGGUGCCCAGAGCACCAGGCAACUGGGAUCAGCCCAGGAAUCACUUCUAGGUACUUUUGUCUUUCAAAUCACUUGGAAAAACCCAGUUGUAUCUGAAGGGAAGAUUCCAGACUCUUCAGAGCAGGACCUUUGCCUUUGGUAGAGCCCAAGUCCAGGUCAGCCCCAACCAUAACACUGCAACCCAAACCACCUGCAUGUUUUACUGGGGGGUUAAGGUGUUCUGCAGGUUAAAAAUGACAUUUCCCAGAGCCUGAUCUCGUGACACUGCCAAGACCUCAGUGUGGAAGGGAAGUUUUCUGGCUGAUUGUAAAUAAAUCAUGGAAUUAAGUAAAAAAAUGC